AUGAGUCCUAACGGUACAAACGGUACACACGCAUCCACGAUUCGCCCUUUGAAACCUGGCAUUUAUGCUCCUAUUCCAUCAUUCUUCCUUCCCGAGUCCGAAGAUCUCGAUAUUCCCUCUUUUGAGACCCAUGUCGUCCGUGUCGCGACUGCCGGAGUGGGACCCGUGCUAGCUGGGUCGAUGGGCGAAGCCAUUCAUCUAUCACAUGAUGAGCGGGUGACAUCGAUCACGACCGCAAGAAAGGCACUUGAUGAUGCCGGGUUAGUGAACGUACCGAUCAUAGCUGGCAUCGGCGCCGGCAGCACCCGCGAGUCAAUAAACCUAGCAAAUGAAGCUGCUGCAGCUGGCGCAGACUAUGCCAUCGCUAUUGCCAGUGGUUACUUUGCCGGUGCGCUUGCUGGUAACAAGCAAGCACUGAAAGCUUUCUGGCAAGAAGUUAGCUCUAAGAGCCCUAUACCGGUCAUGAUCUACAAUUAUCCUGGUGCCAGUGGGGGUAUCAAUUUAGACUCCGACCUCAUCACUGAGCUCGCUAUCGAGUGUCCGAAUAUUUGCGGUGUCAAGCUCACCUGCGGAGAUGUCGGGAAGCUCACCCGCGUGGCAGCUACGAUCUCGGAUCCGAUGUUUUCAUCACUUCACCCCCGGACAAACGAGAACGCGCCUUUCCUUGUCCUUGGGGGAUUCAGUGACUUCCUUUUGCCAUCAGCGUAUUCCAAUGGGCAUGGUGCUAUUACCGGUCUUGCGAACGUUGCUCCUCACGCCAUUUCGAAACUCUUCGAGUUGUGUGAGGCCUCGAUGGUUGAUUCUUCUGUCCUUCCCGAGGCACAGCGGCUGCAAGGCAUCGUUGGGCGUGCAGACGCUACCAUCGCUAAGGCGUCGAUUUCUGGAACGAAAUACCUUCUCCAGAAAUUGUACGGGUAUGGUGGCCACCCCCGGAGGCCCCUCCCGCCCAUUGAACCUGGAGCAGGUGAGGCGUUGUGGGAGCAUUCGCAUACGCAAGCCCUUGUGUCUCUUGAACAGGAGUUGAGGGGAAAGGUGCGCUAA